AUGCAUAAUAAUUAUUUCCGCAUUGCGUAUUUGUUGAAACCUAAACUGCCGCUCCCUUUCUCUAAUUUCUCUCUGCCUCUCUCUGCACUAAUACAAUGGAGUUUUGGGUAACUGGAAGGCAGCUGUCUGCAUCUACUUGUGUCUGGGGAGGUUGUUUUGCUGUGGAGGUUAAAAGCGGUGAUGUGACUGAUGUAAAAAUUGGUGAAAGGAAGUCUUUGCAUCUUGCUCAGGCUUGUCUUGGAGCAAUUGAUGGGGAAGCAGAUGAACCUAUUCAUUUGCACGUCAUCGUCAAUGGAGAAAGAUUUGCACUUGCAACUCUUUAUCCUAAGUCUCUGCCAACCCAAGAAUUUAACUUGGUGUUUGUCGAAAACUUUAAAUUAUCUCACGACAUGAGAAACGGAAGUGUUCACUUCUUCGGCACCCAAAAUAGACAAUGGACCAAAAGUAUUAAAGAUUCUGAUGAUAAAGAGGAAGAGUGAGGUUUUGGUGAUAGAUUCUGGUGAAGAUGGUGAUAGAGGGGAAGUGACGGUGAGGUUUUGGUUGUUCAUAAUGAGAGAAAAAAUUAAUAUCGGAAUAACUAGUAUGUUGCCAUUUAUUUUUGUAUGCCCUUGUGGUGGGGUUUAUAGUACUUAGUAUUAUGCAUAUAACUCAUGUUCUCAUGUUGUCAUUAUAUGAUUCAGUUUGUCGUGGACAUGUAGUUUAGACUUGUGUCUGUAGUAUUGAGCGAUUUGCAUC